UUGUAAUAUUCUGUAAAUAAUCCCGAGCGUCAAUGAUGGGAGUCUCGCGCGCACGCUGGUGACGUCAGGCGAUGUUUCUAACUGCCAUGGCGUACCAGGAAGGGGAGUCGCUCGAAUCUUGGCUCAAUAAAGCCACCCAUCCAACAAACAGACAGGAGGACUGGGAGUACAUCAUAGGCUUCUGUGAUCAGAUCAACAAGGAACUGGAGGGUCCUCAGAUAGCUGUAACCCUGCUCGUCCACAAAAUCCACUCACCACAAGAAUGGGAAGCACUUCAGGCUCUGACAGUAUUGGAGGCAUGCAUGAAGAACUGCGGAAGACGGUUUCACAAUGAAGUCGGAAAAUACAGAUUUUUGAACGAGCUGAUAAAAGUUGUGUCUCCAAAGUACUUGGGUGACAGUGCACCUGAGAAAGUGAAGAUGAAGAUUGUAGAGAUGCUGUACAGCUGGACAAUUGCUUUUCCCAAAGAAGCCAAGAUCAGCGAAGCCUACCAGACGCUGAGACGACAGGGUCUCGUGAGCCGCGAUCCAGAGUUGCCGCUGGACCGGACUCUGAUUCCCUCUCCUCCGACAAGACCUAAACAUCCAGUGUUCGAUAACGAGGACAUGGGAAAGCUGCUUGCUGAGCUUCUCCGCAGUAAAAAUCCAGAAGAUCUUCUGGAAGCCAACAGAUUAAUCAAAAACAUGGUGAAAGAGGAUGAGGCCCGAGUGCACAAGCUUACCAAGCGACUGCACACGCUGGACGAGGUGAACAUCAACGUCAAGCUGUUGACCGAGAUGCUGUCCCACUACAACAAAGACGGCUCCACUGAAUCAGACAAGGAGAUCCUUAAGGAACUGUACGAGCGAUGUGACAAGCUGAGGCGCGCUGCUUUCAAAAUGGCCACCGAGACCGAAGACAAUGACACCAGUUUAGGCGACAUCCUGCAGGCCAGCGACGACCUCUCCAGAGUCAUCAACUCCUAUAAGAAGAUAGUCGAGGGGCAGCCGAUUAACGGUGACAGUGCAGAGCCUCCAUCUACAGCAUGUCACAGUGAGAGCGACACCACAGAUACGUUGAUCGACCUUGACGGCCUUGACACUCCGAGCCCUCUGCAACCCGCCAUCCCUCCCGUCCAGUGCUCACAUCCUUUCUCCACCAAUCCCAUGGUCGCCCCCAUACCUGUCCUACCUCCUCCUCCCAAACGCCUGGCCGGCUCCCAUGGCAGUCAGAGCAGCAGUCCCAGUCACCCCCCCAUGGACAAGGCCUCCACUGCUCUCUCGCUGCUUGACGAUGAGCUGCUGUCCCUAGGACUGAAUGAUCUCCCUACCUCUCUGAGCGGCCAAUCAAAACCCAAGUUGAACGAAGUGUCCAAUCAGUGGACUUCCUUGCAGGCUCCGGCAUCAAGUGUGGAUAUGUUCGGCAGUGCAGCUCGUUCGGGUGCAGUGGUGCCUCUGGCUGAGCCGAGCGCCGGCAUUCAAAGUCUCCAGAACCUGCAGGAGCUGGCCAUGAUGGGCUUUUCAGAUCAAAAGAGUUUGUCCAGCCAGAUGACGGCCAGAGGGAGCAUCUUUGGAAUAACCCCUGCAGCAGCAACUCCCCUUGUAGCAGGGCAGGGUUCCCCCUCCUCGGCCUCUCUCCUCCGGGGGACGAUGCCCGGCUCUCCUGCCCUGUCCCAUGCUAAGGUCCAGAGCCUGGGCUCGGCCCCAGGCAGCCCACUGUUCCGCUCUCUGUCUCCCUGCCACCCUCACCUCCAGGGCAGCCCGGCCAGAGCCACAGACGUCUCCCUGAGCAAUGUGAACGUCCUCCUGGAGGCCAUCAGACCGAGUAAAAUGCUGCCUGUGACGGCCUACGAUAAGGAUGGCGUCCGCGUGCUCAUCAACUUUGCGUCCGACUGUCCCCCCGGCAGGCCUGACGUCCUUGUGAUGGUGGUGUCAAUGCUCAACACGGCGCCGCUGCCUGUUCACAACGUGGUACUGCAAGCUGCUGUACCCAAGUCAAUGAAGGUGAAGCUGCAGCCCCCAUCAGGAACAGAACUGGCACCGUUCAACCCCAUCCUACCUCCGGCCUCCAUUACCCAGAUCAUGUUGCUGGCUAAUCCGGCAAAGGAGAAAGUGCGUCUGCGCUAUAAGCUGGCUCUUACACUCGGAGACCAACUUUGCAACGAGGUUGGAGAGGUCGACCAGUUCCCCCCACCAGAGGCAUGGGGUCAUCUAUAGCAGCAUGCCGGCCUGCUACCAAUCAGCAGGGACAGAACCGCUUCAUGCUCCAUGAAGGGAUGUGUAUUCACAUAUAUCCCAGAGAGGGGAAGGUGGAAGGGGAAAUUCAGCCGUGUUGUUACAGUAACAAUAACUUUAAGCUUCCCAUUCCUCAUAGUCGUUUUUUCCCCACAGUGACAUGUUAACAACAGGCACUUAACAUUUCAUUCAUAGGGAGCCUGUGCUUUUUUCUGCAGAAAGCUGAGAAAGUGAAGAUAUACGCAGAUGUUAGUGAGAUAGCUGGGGUGUUAACAGGUCCAGUGGUUUCAGGAUUGAUAUUUCAAUGGAUUUUACCGAAUGUACUUUAAAUAACACAAAGCAUUAGAGCUAUGCCUCCGACUGAAAUGUUGCACUGCGGCAUAACGAAUCAUUUAAAAAGAAAUGAAUCUUCGCUAACAGAGCCUAGACACAACUGUUGUGCUUUUAUUUAUUCCUCUUAACACUUGACCAGCCUGCAAAAAGAUAUAUACUUGAAUAUAUCCAGAAAUGGGAAAUUACUGUGUUGAUUCCUGUGGGAAGGUAGUGGACUGAUUAGUGUAUUUAUUGUGUGAUUAUUCUAAGAUUGGAAUUUUUGACAUGGUUCAGUAAAGAGUGUUUCACAGUUAUAUGAGCUGAUGAAGACCAGUGCAAGGUUAGCGGACCAACAUUGUUAAAUACUGGGCUGUAAAAGCAAAGUAAGGCGACCAACACCACCAUAUACAGAAUUUCAUUUUGAAAUAAGUGAUAUUCCAGUAUUAAGUAACGUGAUUAGUUUGAAAGUAAAUUAUAAAAAUUAUACAGUCAGCAUUUCAUUUUUUCUUCUUUAGUAGUAUCUGUAUUUAUUUAAAGAUGUUUACUCUUCUACCAGUCUCUGUGUUGGUAGUAUUUUUAGUCAUAUUUAUUAUUUUUCUCUUACUUCAGUGCAUCACUGAAUUUAAGAAAUGUGAACUGAAAAAUCUGAAUGUGGGAGCUGAAAAGGGAGAUCUGACACAAUGAGGCAGUGGGAUGGAGUAGAACUGUCCCGUUAGUACAUUUUCAUAAAUCAGCCCCCGCCUCCUCUGACAGCCCUCAGCUUAUCAUAUGGGAUGUACAGAUGUGUGUGUGUAAUGUACCAAUCGUGUGUCGUAUGAAAAGUUAAGUGAACAUGUGGACUUUGGGAGAGCGUUAGUUCUGUACAUACUGUAUGAUGUGCCAUUUGUUUGCAGCAUGACAAAAAUAAAUAUUUCCUCCAAUGGA